AUGAAUCCGCCACCGUCGCAGAACCCCCAGCGUCGGAGAUCGUUGGGCAGCGCUGGUGGCCCCAUCUACCCUGCCCCCCAAGAACCCGCCCUCGCUCAUCGAAUGCCGCCUCCUUCCCCCCCACAGCAUUAUCCGUCGCGCGCGCCGGCCGGUCCUACCCGUUCCAUGUCCACGCCCUUUUCGCGCGAGCCACCCACCAACCCGUCUCAUCACCGUCCCGGCAGCAGUAUGUCCAUCUCGUCCAUGCUUGGGUCCGCCGACGCCGAGCGACCCCCCCGGGACGCUGGCGCGUCGAUCUUUUCGCGUCUCCCUGCCGCCUCCAGUCCCUUCGCCAACGCGCCGUCCGCCGCCCCGGGCGCCAUGUCUCCGCCCGCCGCGCCUGCCCGGACCUCCCCCUUGGAAUACCCGCUCUUCCGCCGGUCGCAGACGCCUGAGAAGCCCUACGCCAAGUCCCAACCACGACCUUACCGGUCCAGUUCCGGCGGGACACCACAGUCCGCGGGCCCGGAAUCCACCCGGUUCGGCGCGCUGACGCGCACCCCCUCGGGGUCCCAACCCGGGUCAGCACAUCCGUCUCCCCAGAUGCCGCCCGCCGACGGGCCCUACAACGGGGACCACCGACGCUUGAGCUUCACUGCACCCGUGCCCCGUCCUACCAGCCAACCCCAACACCUCGACCCGCCGUCGCGCCCGGCCGGAUACAGUCCGUUGUCCCGCCCCUCGGCGCCACCGGGGACCGUCUCGGACGGUGCCUAUGGCCCGCGCAAUCCGCCGUACGGGGGCCCCGAGCACGCCGGGCGCCUGGGCCCGUACGGUGAUCGACUGGCGGAGGACCAUGCGCACCGGGAGCGAGAACGAGAACGGGAGCGAGAACGAGAGCGAGAACGGGAACGGGAACGGGAACGGGACCGAGAACGAGAACGGGACCGCGACCGCGACCGGGCCUCUGAGGGGGACAUCAAGCCGGCCCUCGCCCGGUACGGGUCCUACGGGGAGCGCGACGCGGGAGGGCCCCGGCCCGCCUGGGAGCUGGCCCGCCCACCGGCCUCCCCCGAGGCCAAGCGACUGGCCGGCUCCGACGCCGCCGCGGGAUUUGGGUUCGGCGCCAUCCAGAACUACACCAAGUCUCUAGGCGCCCAGCUCGGCCCACGCCCGCCGCCGCUGUCAAUCCAGCCGCGGCAAGACACUCCCACGGGUGCGCCGCCCGAGCGCUCCCCGUACCUCAGUCAGCUGCCGCCCGACGCGCGACCGCUGGCGGGGCCCCGGGGCCCCACGCCAGCUGACGACCGCCGCAAGGGCAGCGACGAGCUGCAGCAGCAUCGCACGCUGCUGCGGGUGGGGCUCGACGCCAAGGGGGGCCGCAUGUCCCCGGCCCCGCAGGCCGUGCAGGGUGCCCAGGCCCAGAUCCUCGGGCCGGCCGCCGAGGCUGGUAUGAAGUCGGACCUGGGCCGCGUCUUCUCCGGCAUUGGGAGUGGCGUCGGGGGCGUGAGUGCCGCGACAGGCGGCAGCGGGUCGUCGACACCCCAUGCCGUCAGUCCCUUCAAGCGCGACAGCCAUCCGGCGCGAUCGAGUGAGACGACGGACGAGCUGAAGGGAGGGGCGGCGGCGCGGCCCCCGUCGACCACCGGCAAGCGCUCCCGACCCGCGCGGGAGGACGAGCUGCGGGACGAGAACGGCAGCGGUCCUCGCGGGCGUCGACCACGCCCGCACCAUCACCACCAUCACCAUCCGCAUCAUCAGUAUGAGUCGCGCCCGUCCCGUGCGCCCCUCGACGCGUCUACUGACGUUGGCAGUCAUCACCAUCACCGACCCAAAGCGGAGGACGACGCCGCCCGGUCGCUGUCCAUGAACUUCUUCCACCACCCCGCCGCAGCGACCCCGUCAGAGGCCGCCGCCACCACACCCGGGCCGGGCGGCCCCCAUCACCACCAUCACCAUCACCACCACCAUCAUCACCAUCACGGGCCUCGCUCCGCCGCUUCCGGGGACCCCCCGGUGGCGAUGCCGAUGCGCGAGCCCCGGACGGUGGUGACAAUCGAGCCGGUGCUGGCCAGCGUGGCGCACCAACCGCGGCACCACCUCGGGUCGACGCUGUACGCGCCGCGGAUCGGGACGCCGACCGACAAGGAACCGAUGGAGAGCGCCAAGUUCGGGUACACAACGACGCCGCAGCCGCUGCCCCGGUUCGACGGGCGGGAGAACUGCACGGUGACGAUCCGGGUACCACGCUUCCGGGUGGACGCCAGCCACCGCGAGGAGAUCUGCGCGCGGCGGGCACUCUGGGGGUCCGGGGUGUACACGGACGACUCGGACCCGGUGGCGGCGGCCAUCCACUCGGGCUUCCUGCGGGGCGCCUGGGGGGAGGACGUGGACCCGGGCCUGCUGGACCUGGAGAUCAAGCCAGCGUACCAGCACGCGCCGCGGACGGCGGAGGCCGUCGGCGGGGCGGCGGAUGACGACCCGCCGCAGGAGCCGCCCAUCCCACCGCCAGACCGGGACCUCCACAUCACGCUGCUCAUCCUGCCGCGGCUGGAGCGGUACGAGUCAAGCGUGCUGUUCGGGAUCCGGUCGCGGGCGUGGGACGGGCGGCACGACGGGCUGAGCUUUACGGUGCUACGGACGGUCUGGGUGGAUGAGGGGGUGGGCCGCGGGGAGGAGCGCAGCGGGGAGGCGCGGCGGAAACGCCUGCGCAAUCUGAUGCAGAGCGGUCGGAUCUGUACCGGACCGGGUGUGGUCAAGAUGGACCAGCUGGACCGAUUGCGGACAGGGAUCCCGGUGCCGCGUCGGAAGGCAGCGGUGACCGCGCCGGCGGUCUCUUAA